UUUUUCCAAUUUCUGUUUUAAAAUACAUUGAAGUUUUUCAGUCAGUCUAAUUAGAUUUGUCUCUUGAUAGCUGUUACAUCAGUGAACAAGAGCACUGAAGCCUAAAUAGUUUAAACCUUCUUAAUUAUAAGUUUUAGCACUUAUUAUUAACAAUUUAAUUGAAAUCUGGUAUAUCUCUAGCUUUGUAGUAUUCUAAACUACUCUAUGAAAAUACUUCUGUAACUAUAAAAUAGACGGUGGAUUAUAUUGCAUUAGAUUGGAAUGUAACAUAUCUCAGUUUCUUUGACUCAGACUUCCCAUCUGGAAACCCUAUGCAUUUAAGAACUAUUUGGACUAUUUUUCUCUAGGAUGACAUACACUUGUAGAAAUGACGUUCUCUAAGGUCUGUGGUCUACCAGAAGACUGUAAAGUCCUAUUUAAUCAAAAUUCAGUUAACAUUUUCUGAAACCAUUUUUCUGCUUCUGACUUGAAAAACACCAAACCUUUGUCAGCUGCCCUAUGGAAACAACUUUUAAAAAAACAAAAUAGAUCUUUACCCAUUGAAAGAACAUCUUCAUUCCCCCACCCACUCAAAAAUCUUUGGAUGGUUACUUCCCAGAUUGUCAUAAUGAUGCCUUUGCAAAAUUACGCAGCUUCACAUUUGUAAAACUGGCUCUCACCUUUUAAAUCUACUGUUUCUUUUAAAAGAAAACCUUCCUUUCCCUUAAUUUAAACCACUUUUGAAUUAUUUACUAAGCUAUUUACAUCCUAAAUAGCCAUUCCUGUCUACAGUUCACACAGAAUGCGGUGAAAUUAAACUUCUAAAAACUCAAAGCCUUUGCUACUUACUAUACAUGGAAAAUGUGCCAGCUGAUGACUCCCAAGUCAGUGGUCUGUUGAAUCCUCUCCAGCUUUUACUCCAAACUUUAAAGGAGCUAUCCAAUGUACUACCCCUAUUUGGGGGAUAAAGUCCAGCACCUUGGGCAGCUUCUUUAAAAUCUGGAAGUAGAUCUGGAGUGGACUCAGUGCUCCACUGAAAUGGAUGCCACAACUGCCAGUGGCAAAUAAUAAUUUUCCAUGAAUAAGUGGCAAAGGUUUAGACUUUUAAUGCACUUUAGUAUUUUUAAUUGUUUUAAUAUAUGAUGUGUUUAAUUGCAUAUUUUAUAUGUGCACUUAACUUUUGUAGUGUUUUUAACCUGUAUUGUUAUCAAUGUUCUUAGCUGCCUUGAGUCCCAUUAUUGGGAGAAAGAGGGGGUAACAAUUAAUAAUAAUGACAAUAAUAAUAAUAAUAAAGCUGUGAUUGGCUGGCACCAACCAGGCUUGCCCAGCUCCUCCCUCUGUAGCCUUUAUAUAGGAUUGAGAGUAUAAGCCUGGGUGUUUUCCUUGCUUCCUCAGCUGUUGUUGAUACCAUCAAUGAUAUUUUGCUUGUAUUUGUGGAACUGGAGUAGGAGUACAGUGGCUGCACUCUUACCUUCAGGCUAAAGAAUACAGGUAUUCAGAUUUUCUCAUCCUUCAAGAGAAAGAGUGCCUUAGCUAGUCAAAGCUUCCCAUGGAAAGAACAGCCUUGAGAUUUCUGAUCCCUGAAAUUGCUACAAAAAGUCCUUUUUUUGUCAGUGACAAUAGGAAAUAAACAUUUUUAUUGUGCAAAGACUUAUUUUGGCCCCAUUGCAUUCUGUGCAAAAUAAAAACCAUUUUGGUAACCCACCUGUCAAAAAAUAACUUUAAAUUGCACACAGAAAACCUUGCAAUCUUGCUAAAUAAGGAAAUAACUUCUGAAAUUUUGGAGCAUUGUGUUCAUGGAUGUUCCUGCUGCAUUUUCUCUCAAACUAACUCAAGAAACUUUCCCAGACUGGAAGACCAGACAAUCUUACUGCUCUUGAAUUUUGAAGUUUUAUCUUGCCUUCAGAUUCCUGCGGGAAGAACUGAGUGUUCCAGAAUCCAAAGAGGAGGAAUGAUCACGAGAGAUGGAAGCAGGAAGAUGUAGGACUGAGACAGUAUAUUUUCCAUGUCCAAUUUCUAUAGUUCUCUACAGUGCUCUCUACUGUGCUCAUCCAAGGCAUGGCACUGCGGAUGUCUAAUCCAGUGUGGUCCUCUUUCCUUGGAGAACAGUAUCCAGUACAAUGUGGAUCUCCACUUCAUGGACUACGCCACAGUCUUAAGACACGAAGUCUGCUAUAUAAACUACUGCCUUUCUUGAUCUCCUGCAUUAUCUAUUUUGCACUCUGGCUCCCUGAACCCAGCAUCCUUGCCACCAUUGUCAAGUGUCUCCCAACUCUCUCCUUGGCGUUCUUUGUGGCCAGCCAGUCCUACAGUACCGGAGCCUGGACCCCAUACUCCCGAAGGCUCUUCCAAGGCCUGCUGCUCUCAGCUGUUGGAGAUGCCUGCCUGGUGUGGCCUCACCUUUUUCUUCCAGGACUGGUCGCCUUCGCUGCCUGUCACAUCUCCUACACCUUGGCUUUCGGCCUGUCUCCCUUUCGGCCUCUUAUUUUCGUCAUUGUUGCAGGGAUGAUGAUUGUGUCUUACAUCUUCUUGCUGCUGCCUUGCUUGAAGGGCAUCUACAUAUGGGCUGCUGCAGCCUACACGGGUCUACUUGGCGUCAUGACAUGGCGUGCACUCUCUCGCCCAGAACGCCAGCUGAGUGCUUCGGUUGGCAGCGUGUUCUUCGUCGUGUCUGAUUUGUUUGUCGGCCUCGAUAAAUUUUGCUCUUCCUUGCCUCAUCCUCGCCUCCUCAUCAUGUCCACCUACUACAUUGCUCAGGGCUUGAUUGCAUUUUCGGUCACCUCUCAGAAAGUCUCUCGGAAGGAGAACUGAGCCUUGGAAUGGGACUGUGACAUUAACAUUUUGUAUAGUGGGGAGAACUUAGGAAUCCUGUGCCUCAGCUACUCCUCUUCCAUCUUCUUCUAGUCCACCAGGUCACUGCAAAGAAUUUACACACUCCAAUCUUCUUGCACCUGAUUCCUUCCAGAGAGACAUCUUUAUUCCAGAACAUUUUAACAGCUGUCCUGCCAUGCUGCAUCAUUCAUGCCAGCUUCUAAGACUGUUAUUUAUCAGUUCCUACUGGGUAUAUUCAUAAUAAAAAGUUAGUUGGAGAUA